AUCAAAGACAAUAUGACAAUGAGGCUUUCGUCAAUGGUGACGACCCAGAAGUGGUAAUCACUUACAGGGAAAGGAGAGUCACAUUUAGCACAGAAGACUCUAGAGAAAGCAGCUAUUAUGAUACUGUAGCCGGUAAUGUCCAGGAAAGCAUCAAUAAUGAUGAAUAUGAAGCUCGGAGGAGUUCAGAGGAGAACCAGAGAGAUGGUCGAACACACAUAACAGAGUUUGAACACAUCCCAGACCCUGAUGAGCUAGAAAACAGGAGACGCUCAUCUUCAUGCUCAGAUUCUUCAUUAUCAUCUGGAGACCAUACGAACCAGAGAGACCACACAGCACCCAAAUCUCCUCAGCUGGCAGAGGGCUCUGUUCAGCAGAGAGCUGAUUCACUGGUGUCACAAAUUUCUAGAGAAGAAAUACCUGGAUCUUCUGAGCCAUUUGCAGAUUGGUCACCACAUGCAAAGGACCUAAGCCUAACAGACCCUGAUUUGUGGCAGGAGAGUGGAGAACAAUUUGAAUUUAGUGACUCUGUUCGAAGUGCGUCUGCAAGGUCCAGCAGUGUUGGUGGUUCUUUUAAAAAUUCAAAACCGAUUCUGGCACUCACUUCAGAUACACAGAGGGAUGAUAUGUCCAGCUCCAGCUCCUUUGUUAGUGAGAAUGAACCUACGUCAUACACUGUGAACCCAUACCUAGAGGAGGAUAUAGGAACGGAUCCUAAUAAACCUGCAGAAAAUUAUGACACACAAAGGCAUGCAAAACACUCCUCUUCCUCUUCUUCCAGUGACAGUGAUGAAAAUGACAACACAGUCAAACAAGAAGUGAAGCAAGAACUUGGGGAGGUGGACUUUGAGCAUACUACACGUGUCAACAAGGGUCAAGAUAUCAAAGCACCGGCACUGGCUUCUGAUUCAUCAUCUAGUAGUGGAAGUGAUGUUGAAACAACCAACCAGAUAAACAGACAUGUGGCACCCACUUCAGAUGUACAGAGACCAAGACCCCCCUCUUCCUCUUCUUCCAGUGACAGUGAUGUAGAAGACUACGCAGUCAAAAAAGAAACGACAACACCAAGCACAAAGGACAUGGCAGGGCUUCCAAUUAAAGAGUAUCACCCUGUAAGCCAUAUCAGAGCCCCAUCACUACCUACUGAUUCAUCUUCCAGCUGUGACACCGACGAUGAAAUAACACACCACGCAGUGAAGCAAGAACCUGGGAAGGUGGACCUUGAGCAUACUACACGUGUCAACAAGGGUCAAGAUAUCAAAGCACCAUCACUGGCUUCUGAUUCAUCAUCUAGUAGUGGAAGUGAUGUUGAAACAACCAACCAGAUAAACAGACAUGUGGCACCCACUUCAGAUGUACAGAGACCAAGACACCCCUCUUCCUCUUCCUCCAGUGACAGUGAUGUAGAAGACUACACAGUCAAACAAGAAACAACAACGCCAAGCACAAAGGUCAUGGCAGGGCUCCCAGUUAAAGAGUAUCAACCUGUAAACCAUAUCAGAGCCCCAUCGCCACCUACUGAUUCAUCUUCCAGUAGUGACACAGAUAAUGAAAUAACACACCACACAGUGAAGCAAGAACCUGGGAAGGUGGACCUUGAGCAUACUACACAUGUCAACAGGAAUCAAGAUAUCAAAGCACCAUCACUGGCUUCUGAUUCAUCAUCUAGUAGUGGAAGUAAUGUUGAAACAACCAACCAGAUAAAAAGACAGGUGGCACCCACUUCAGAUGUACAGAGACCAAGACACUCCUUUUCCUCUUCUUCCAGUGACAGUGAUGAGGAAGACAAACAGAAGCCUACCCUAUAUCUUGACCGUAUUCCACGCACUAUGAAGCGUGUAGCGUUCAAAGCACCAUCACCUUCUGAUUCCUCUUCUAGUAGUAGUGACAGUGAGGAUGAAACAAACCAGAUAAAGAAACAGGAGCAAGGGGAGACAUGGACGGAGAGGCUUCCACCUCAAGUAUCUCAAACUUCAAGUCCUGACUCACAAACACAGUGGCCUCUUCUAGAUCUUGAGCAUACUACAAGCAUCAAGAAGCGACUAGAUAUCAAAGCACCAUCACAACCUUCUGAUUCAUCUUCUAGUAGUAGUGACAGUGAGGAUGAAACAACACACCACACAAAGAAGGAAAGGCCAGAGUUGGUGGGAAUUUCAAAGCUUCCAUUUCAAGAAUCCCAAACAGUGAGUCAGGAUUCAGAGAAACAGUGGCCUGCUGUCAAUCUUGCUAAUAUUACUCGCAUCAAGAAGCGUCUAGAUUUUAAAGUAUCAUCACAACCUUCUGAUUUCUCUUCUAGUAGUAGUGACAGUGAGGAUGAAACAACAAAUCAAAUAAAGAAACAGGAGCAAGGGGAGACAUUGAUGGAGAUGCUUCCACCUCAAGUAUCUCAAACUUCAAGUCCUGACCCACAAACACAGUGGCCUCUUCUCGAUCUUGAGCGUACUACACCCAUCAAGAAGCGUCUAGAUAUCAAAGCACCAUCACAACCUUCUGAUUCAUCUUCUAGUAGUAGUGACAGUGAGGAUGAAACAGCACACCACACAAAGAAGGAAAGGCCAGAGUUAGUGGGAAUUUCAAAGCUUCCAUUUAAAGAAUCUCAAACAGUGAGUCAGGAUUCAGAAAAACAGUGGCCUGCUGUCAGUCUUGCUAAUGUUACUCGCAUCAAGAAGCGUCUAGAUAUCAAAGUAUCAUCACAACCUUCUGAUUCAUCUUCUAGUAGUAGUGACAGUGAGGAUCAAACAACAAACCAGAUAAAGAAACAGGAGCAAGGGGAGACUUACAUGGAGAGGCGUCCACCUAAAGUAUCUCAAACUUCAAGUCCUGACCCACAAACACAGUGGCCUCUUUUAGAUCUUGAGCGUACUACACCUGUCAAAAAGCAUCUAGAUAUCAAAGCACCAUCACAACCUUCUGAUUCAUCAUCUAGUAGUGACAGUGAGGAUGAAACAAACCAGAUAAAGAAACAGGAGCAAGGGGAGACUUACAUGAAGAGGCUUCCACCUAAAGUAUCUCAAACUUCAAGUCCUGACCCACAAACACAGUGGCCUCUUCUAGAUCUUGAGCGUACUACACCCAUCAAGAAGCGUCUAGAUAUCAAAGCACCGUCACAACCUUCUGAUUCAUCAUCUAGUAGUGGUGACAGUGAGGAUGAAACAACACACCACGCAAAGAAGGAAAGACCAGAGUUAGUGGGAAUUUCAAAGUUUCCAUUUCAAGAAUCUCAAACAGUGAGUAGGGAUUCAGAAAAACAGUGGCCUGCUGUAGAUCUUGGUGAUAUUACUCACAUUAAGAAGCGUCUAGAUAUCAAAGUACCAUCACAACCGUCUGAUUCAUCUUCUAGUAGCAGUGACAGUGAGGAUGAAACAGGUCACAUAGAGAAGCAGAAGCCAGGCAAGGUGGGCAUUGCAGUAAGUCAAGAUCCAGAAACACUGUGGAGUGCUGUAGAUCUUGCUAAUACUAAUGGCGUAAAGAAGCGCCUAGAUAUCAAAGCACCAUCACAACUUUCUGAUUCAUCUUCUAGUAGUGACAGUGAGGAUGAAACAACAAACAACACAAACAAGAUGGAAGAUUUACACAACUCCCCAACAACAAUCAAACACACUGGUUUUGGUACUCUAAUUUCAAGCAGUCCAAAGACAGACGAUAAAAUCAAAUUAGAAAAAUAUCAAGUUAUUACAGAUCAGAUGAGGGAUGAAAAAACAAGUGGCAGCAUCAACACACCACCAGAGAUAAAUUCAGAACUUGAGGCACGGUGGAGCACGAUGAAUCUUGGCAUCUCCCGCUUCAGAAAGCGUCUUAAUAUCACACCGGAUAAACAUGAACCAUCAAAGCUGCCCUCAUCACCACCACCUGACUUAGAUCUGUCAGGAUUGACAGAGAAUGACUCUCUAAUCACUUAUAAACGUUCAAUUUUCAAACCUUCAUCACCACUGAGUAAUUCUUUUUCUGACAGUGACCCGACAAUAGACCAGGAAAACAAAAGACAAACACGGGCUGAACUGGUAACUGUACAAGGUCCAUCCCAUAGUAUGGGAGACAGGAAUCCAUCUCUUGCCCCAACAAGAGUUUCUAGUAUGACCUUUAAUGAUGUAAUAAGGAAAAGGAUGAAGCAGUCUAGACACACCAUAAAUGUGGACGUGCCCCCAGAGAUAAGGUGGACUGACCCAUCUAUCUCCAGUCAGAGGAGAAACCUGGAUAUAGGUUUAUCAACUCCACAGCAGCCUCCACCUGCAGAGCCAGAACUCCCAACACUCCCUGACUCUUCCAACUCAUCUCUUAGUGCCAAUUACGUUUCUCAUGCAUCCAGCAGAGCUUUUGACGAGGUUGACAACUCACCUGGCAGCACAAAUGAGAUUUUGAGGGCUAUAUCUAUAUCUGAGCAAAAGAGGGAAAGGAAAGGUCUCAGUGCCAUAAAAGCCAUGUCAUCUCAGAGACAACAAUGGGACACACAAGAUGAAUCUUUUCUAUUUGACAACCAUGAUCCACAAGUUGACACCAGUUUUAACUAUGCAAAAUCUGAGGAAGACAUCAAGCCGCUGGCGAAACAGCCACUAACACGACUACAUACUUCUUCUACAUACUCUACACUGGAUCUGUUGCAUGAUAUUCCCCACUACAAGAGCCAUGACACUCCACCUCCUAUUCCAGCAACACCACCACCAGAUGAGGCAGUAGAGCUCACAUGGGGGUCUUUACAGAGCAGUAAGAAACAAGGGUUGGAGGGCACUGGAUCCUAUCUGCAACAGAGCAGAAACACAGAAACAUCUGAUCCUUCUUCAGUAACAUCACAAAACCCGGCAGUCAACUUUGACUCCCCGAACAUUAGUUAUGUUUGAUAGAGAUGUCGCAGCAUCCUAAAUACUGAUAAAACAAGCUAAUUGGUGGCAUAGUUUGCUCUUUAAUUAGCCAGGGACAUACAGAAACGUAUGAAUUUUAUUCUAUUUUAUACAUAUUAACCUUGAAAUGAAAUAUAAAUACGAAUAACUUAUUGUGUGGAACUGUGAGUGCAAUAGAGGAGAUGUUUAAUCUUUAACAUUUGUCUUAUUUCUGUAUAUUGCUUAAAAACAAAUCAAAGAUGUCUUCUCAUAAUCAAUCUUGAAACAAGAUUCCAUCCCAUCUUCAUGUUUAUGUAUUAUUAAUAUACUUAUUAUACUAACAGACUGUAAUA